AGUUGCCGUUACCAACGCGAUUCACUCAGUCAUUCUGGCGAAUCCAAAUUCGACCUCUUUGGGUUCAAUUGACAACCCUUUGAGAAACACACACGCAAUGUUUACCACAGCGAAACGUGAAUUUUGAUUGAAGUGUUCAGCAAUUGCCGAUUUAAAAUUGAAAAGUGUCCCGCACUGGGUAUAAAUUAGCGAGGAUGUCGGCGCUCAAGGCGUUCCUAAAGGAGGGCUUCAAUGUGGCGGCGAUAAUGGGUCUGGGCGACACGGUAGCGCAGCUGUUCAUCGAAAAAAAGUCUCUAGACGACUGGGAUGCCGGACGCACUCUGCGAUUUAGCGCCCUCGGCCUGGUGUUCGUAGGUCCUGUCCUCCGGCGAUGGUACCACUUCCUUGAGUCCCGCGUGCCCAAAAACCAAACGCCGAUGCGCCGCGGACUCACCAAGAUGCUGGUCGACCAGCUCCUCUUUUCGCCGCCCUUCACCCUAACCAUGUCCUUCUUGGUGCCGAUGGUCAACGGCGAGCACAUCGACCGGAUCCGGAAGCGCAUCUUCGACAGCUACCCCACCAUCAUGGCUCGAAACUACAUGCUCUGGCCCGCUGCCCAGGUGAUCAACUUUACCUUCGUGCCGCUCAGGUACCAGGUCGUCUAUGCCCAGUGCAUCGCCCUCAUCUGGAACUGCUACCUCUCCCUGGUGCUCAACGGAUAGGCCACUCCCUGUCGUCUUCCCCUUUCACAAACGUUGGUGCAUACGUACAUACAUACAUACAUCGAAUAAAUUAACUUUGUUAGCUUUACACGUGA